UUGUCCUGAUGCUCGGCUCGCUACUUUUCCCUUGCCCAAUGCCUGAAUCACUUAGUAUGUGCCGAUUCUCAUGAAAUGCGCUUUCUGAUUGUUAAGGGCGAUAUGCCCGUACAUGCCGUUAUCUGAUAUACCGUUCCACUGGUUGCUCUUUUAUACCGAUGUUUUUGCGCUUUUCUGCGACAGUCACAGCCGUGCAGCCUAAUUUCCUUGAAUAACAAUUCUUGACUCGCAAUUGCCGUCUCGUUCGUUGCCGUUUAUGCAUAUUUCCGUAAACACCACAUAUUAGACUACGAAACCGGCCGGUCUUACACCGCCGUGACCUUUUCCGUUUAUUUCGCUCUGCCAUAAAUUAUGUAACAAAUUGGUCCGACGACUGAGAAGCCACCUGUCGGUUACUACAGUCGCGUGCGAUCGAUAUUUACGGCAUCGUUAUUCCGUUAACUGACCACCCGGCCGCCUUACGUUUCGUCUACGGAAGCCGUUUUCCCGCGUUCACAGUUCUACGAUGGACCAAGCGCAACACCGUAUUGGCGUUGAUCCCAACGGCCGUCAGGCACCAGUUUACAGGUACACCGGUCUGAACCCAUCGGCUUUGGGCAACCGGUACGUACUUGACCAUUUCUGUCACGUGAGUGUUGCUAAUGAGCUUCACCCUCUUGCCAAUCGUCAAACAGUUUUGACAACUGUAAUUUCGGAAGUGCCCAGUGCACGUACGGUUUCGUUCGCCCGAUUAGAGGUGCUAAAAAGUUAUCUUAAACCAUUUCUGGAUCCCAAUGAAAUCGAGCGUAUAACAACUGUAAACAGUACUUUUCUUGACGAUCUUCGUCUCGCGGAAUUUACAAGUUGCAUAAGUGCCCUUUCCAAAAUUAACACAAAUAUACCGCUCAAACCGUUCUUUCCCUCGCUGUACUUGGCUAAACUAGCUGUAGGAAAUAACGGAUUAACACGCGGUUUUCCUGCACCUUUCGCAUGCAGAUGCGCAACGACACAACUUGAUAUGACGACACCUUCGUUGACCUUUCAGUGUAACACUGAUCCGGGCCGCUGCGAUGCCCAGACCAUUAAUUACUCCAAGCUCAAUGCACCGAUCGUGAGGUGUAGCAAUCGGGCUCAACGUUACGGUCUUUAUUUAUAUAAUAAGCUUGUCCCAGAUUUCUUCUGUCUGGAAUGCUUUUAUAAAGCCACCAACCACGAGUUGUUUACCGACGGCUACUUUCAGCAUCCUAACGAUUUGACCGUUAAAAGUUGUCAGGCAGGGCACCGUACACGAGAACCCAACCAUUGUGAUCGUUGUAGUAGGACCAGAAUUUACCACCGACAUCUUGGGUAUCCUCCCGGUCAAAUCUCUUAUGAGCACGCGCAACGGGAUUUCAAUAACAGAAUAGCUCACGAUUUUGCGCAUUCGUUUUUUAUCGUUGAGGAAAAUUCUUACGCAGACCCAACUGAUCAGGUCUGUGUAGUACUCCGCUAUGCCAAAACAACGCAUCCUGAUUCUGCGCCACUGACAAAACGGCUCUGGGCAUGGCUUUUACGGCAAAACCUUGGUGAAGUUGCCGACACUUACGAAACCUAUCGCCGAAAUUUUCACUACCAUCCGCUGAUAUAUCAGUUUCUAACAUUGAUCCCCCACAAUGAUGAAUCCAGGGCAAUAGCUUUUAAAGCAUUGAUGCCGUUUUUACCAAUCCAUAGCUCUCCUAAUGUUGGCAUUUUUCCGACUUCGUCCAGGGAGCACACCUGUCAUGUCGCGUACCAUGAUACGGAUAUCAGUUUUGACUGCAAAUGCUUUACGAACAAUGCCCUCCGGGCGAUCGGUCAGGACUUCGUACUCCUUAACAGGGAUCGAGAAGACGCAAUGGUUAUUUCAUCUAGAACGACAGACGUUUUUAACAUUCGUCUUUGUGAAACGCGGAAAAAUAACGGAAGGUGUAAUAAACCAACAGAUGCCCGCGUCCUGUACCAGAAAGGUCGUCCCGUCUUCCUUUGUACCCAAUGUCUCAUAGCCGUCUACCGCCACCGAAUGUGCGUUUGCGGUACGGAAGUGGUAUUGGUAGAAUGCACUCCGCCGAUGAUGGAGUGUAUUCGCGGCCACAAAUAUCACGCAGAAUGCGCUGUCAGCGACAUAUGUCCUCAUUGCGCACAUUUGUUUCCGAUGACGGAAAACGCUUCUACUGCGAGGAAGGACUCUGACAGUCCACCUCCUCUGAAGCAUAUUCUGAUUCCGACGCGGAAUCUACCGUAA